GCGCGAGGCGGGCCCCGGUUAUUGUCCGGCGACGGCGGUGGCGGCAGCGGUGGCGGUCGGUGCUGCGGUAGCAGCGGCGGCAGCGGCGGCUCGGCGGGAGCGAGGGCGGGAGCGGCCGAGACCAUGGCUGGAGGCAAAGCUGGAAAGGACAGUGGGAAGGCCAAGGCUAAGGCAGUGUCUCGCUCGCAGAGAGCUGGGCUACAGUUUCCCGUGGGCCGCAUCCACAGACAUUUGAAGACUCGCACCACAAGCCACGGAAGGGUCGGCGCCACUGCAGCCGUGUACAGCGCUGCAAUCCUGGAGUACCUCACUGCGGAGGUGCUGGAGCUGGCAGGCAACGCGUCCAAGGAUCUCAAAGUGAAGCGGAUCACUCCGCGCCACUUGCAGCUUGCGAUCCGUGGUGAUGAAGAGUUGGAUUCUCUUAUCAAGGCCACCAUAGCUGGGGGCGGCGUGAUCCCUCACAUCCACAAGUCUCUGAUUGGGAAGAAGGGACAGCAGAAGACAGCUUAGAGAGCUGGUCUCACCACCCCUCCGACUCCCCAUCGCUGUACUGUAACUGGGGCCGAAGAAGUAAUGGGGAAACGUGGAAUUUUAAACACAGUACAUGGAAAAGCAUAGACAAUUACUGUAGACAUGGUAAAGGAAACAUUUGUACGUUCUUAGAGUUUGAUAAAAGUACCUUUUCACGUGUCAGCAGUGGUGUGUUGAUUGGCUGGGUUUCUCCCAUGGGUUUUAUACAAAAAUGGAAUUGAUAAACCAUUUUUUACAAAAAUAA